AAGAUCGAUCAAAAAUAACUAUUGUAUCCUGUAAUUUUUAUUAUUAAUAGUUUCGUUUUGCUUUCCAAAUAAAGUAUCGUUUUAACAAGUGAUUUUUGUGGCAGUAACCUUCUAUUGACAUAAUUUUAUUAAUAUGAGGUUUCCACCGAUAUACAUCUUCAUCCUCAAUCUGGUGACAUAUUUCUUUUUUAUGUAGUUUUGAACCCUAUUGGUUCAAUAAGAGUAUUUUGAUGUUUAUAGAAAACUUAGCUCCUCUUUUUUUUAUCAACAAUUUUUUUCUGUUGACAAUAGUAACUUUUUUACGUCCUUUUCAAGAAUUCAAUGUCGUUAUAUAUCGUAAAGUAUGAACAUUUUUUAUUUGCUUGUUAUUAUUUUCGAAAAAGUUAAAUUCACGCCUAAACACUAAUAUUGUUCUGUUAAUACAAUUUUUGUAUUCUUUUUGAUGAAGUAUCACUUUGCGAAUCUGAUUACUUUGUACGUUAAUUCCUAGAUACAUUUUUGUCUGUAUCUACCCUCGUAUAUGUCACAGUACCUCUAUACAAUAUAUUUUGUCGUUUAUCUUUACCGUUGUGCAAUAGCUUGAUAAUUUUGAACGGCUCUAAUAUAUCAUCUUCUUCCAUCUUCUUCAUCUUCUAAAUAAAUAUUUUUUAAUAAUCAUUUUAAAGGUACAGAGUUGAGCUCCGCAGAGAAACUAUUACAACUAAAGGAACAUGAAGGCGAAGAAGAAGUAGAUAUUGUGGUUACGGAAGAUUGGGAAACAGGCGUUGGCGAUGAAGUCAUAGGUGAAGAUAUGGAAGUAGGUUUUUAUUCACCCGAAGAAAAUAUAUUUGAGGAAGAAGCCGAUGUUAUUUAUGAAAAACUAGAGGUUACUCGGCCAGUGAUAGAGGAGGGAGAAUAUAUUCGUGGUCAUAAACCUCCUAAAGUUUAUGAGCAUUCAACAGAUACUAUUUGUUGCUUAUCAUUGAAAAUAUGGGCAGUUUGGCUGCUUGAAGUUAUCCAUAAUGCCCAUAUGUGGACCAAGUGGAUGCACGAAGUAAUACGAAAAAUAAGAGAAUUUGCAAGUAUCGUCAGAAAUAACAUUAAAUGUAUUGAUGGAAAUCGACAAGUUCUAUAUAAGUCAGAAUGGGCAAAAUUCGUGAAGGAAACAGAAGAAAAAAUAAUUGCUUGGAGGCAGUACAGUGCCCAUAUAAAUGAACUCUCUGAUGGAAUUAUCGAGAACUUUCGAAAUAAGAAAGUAUUUUGUUGUCCCAAAUGUUUGCAGGAUCACCUUAUUAAGAAUGUUGUGACUGCCCACGAAACACUCGCAGCAUUGACUGAUGCUAUUAAUUGUACUCAAUAUUGGCGAAGAUGUUUAGAUGGCUUAAUAAAAACUACAUCAUCACUCACAAGUGUAGAAAAAAGUGGAAGUAGUUGUGAAGAAUCAUCAUCAGAAGCUGAUGAGAUAGAAGAGCUAAGUAUAGAGUAUUCCAGCUCAAGUGAUGAUGAAGAUAUUUUUGAAUUGGAAGAGAUUCAAAAGAGAUAUGAUUCUAACCAAUAAAAAAUUAAACAAAAUUGUCAACAUUAUUAAAAGUUUUAUCCUAUCU